GUCAUGGGGAAGGUCUACUACAUCAGUAAGAACGUGGGACUUGGACUACUUGUAUUAGCUAUUAGCGCUCUGGUGACAAUCAUAGCUCUGUCUAUCGCCUACGACAAGGAGAAAGCCAAGAAUCGAGUUAAUACUGGGGACCAAGCGGCGAUCAACAGCGAUAUCCCGGAUCCGACCCCCGUAGUCUCAAAGGAUCCGUGGGACCAGUACAGACUCCCGUCCACGCUGGUCCCCACCUUGUACAACGUGACGCUAUGGCCUCGCCUGAAGCCCAACGCAGAUGACCUCUUCAUCUUUACCGGACGCUCGGAUGUGGUCUUCACCUGUCUCGAGGCUACGGACAUGGUUCUGAUCCACGCCAGCAAGCUUAACUUCACCACCUUCGAUGGACGCCACGCCCUGCUGAGAGAGCUAUCCGGAGGCUGGACCCCGGCCAUCACGAAGUCCUGGCUGGUGGUGGAGACAGAGUACCUGGUCCUGGAACUGUAUGGCAGCCUCAAAGAGGGUGCAUCCUACGUAUUGCACACUGAAUUUCAAGGAGAACUGGCAGAUGGCCUGGACGGAUUCUACAGAAGCGAAUACAUGGAAGAUGGAGUGAAGAAAGUGGUUGCCACGUCUCAAAUGCAAGCCACCUACGCCCGGAAAGCCUUCCCAUGCUUUGAUGAACCCGCCAUGAAAGCAGUCUUCAACGUUACCAUCAUACAUGACAGGGACAAGACGGCUCUUUCCAACGCCCGGGCAAUAGAUGUCAGAGACACAGUAAUAGAGGACACCAAGGUCCGAAUCACGACGUUUGAGCCCACGGCCAAGAUGUCCACCUAUCUUCUGGCCUUUAUUGUUAGUGACUUUACCUACGUUGAGUCCAACCGGCAGAAUGGUGUGCAGGUGCGGGUGUGGGCUCGAAAGAAGGCAAUCGCCGAUGGACAUGGUGACUACGCUCUCAAUGUCACUUGGCCUAUUCUUAAGUUCUACGAACGCUACUAUGACGCACCGUACCCGCUCCCCAAGUCUGAUCAGGUGGCUCUGCCUGACUUCCAAGCCGGUGCCAUGGAGAACUGGGGACUGGUCACCUACAGGGAGACUGCUCUGCUCUACGAUCCGGAAAGAUCCUCGGCAGGAAACAAACAACGAGUGGCCUCCGUCAUCGCACACGAGCUAGCGCACAUGUGGUUCGGUAACCUGGUGACCAUGCGCUGGUGGAAUGAUCUUUGGCUAAACGAGGGUUUUGCAUCCUACGUGGAGUACCUUGGAGUGGACUACGCUGAACCAAAAUGGAACAUUAAAGACCUGAUCAUUCUGGAUGAUCUCCAGGGGGUGUUCAGUCUAGAUGCCCUGGCGUCCUCUCAUCCUCUAUCUCGAAGAGAAGACGAGGUGAACACACCUGCUCAGAUCAGCGAGAUAUUCAACACCAUUUCCUAUAGCAAGGGGGCAGUGGUUCUCAGGAUGCUGUCUGGAUUUCUGGGUGAACCGGUGUUUGCCAAGGGGCUCAGUUCUUACCUCAACACGUUCGCCUUUAGCAGCACUGUGUACCGAGACUUGUGGGACCACCUACAAAAGGCGGUUGAGGACACGCCGGGCUUGCGUAUCCCACGUACAGUCCAUGAAAUCAUGCAUCGCUGGACUCUACAAAUGGGAUUCCCGGUGGUGACCAUCAACACCAGGACCGGACAUGUCGCCCAGCAGCAUUUCCUGCUGGAUCCAGAGUCUGUAGUGGAGAGACCCUCGCAAUUUAAUUAUACAUGGUUUGUGCCCAUACAAUGGAUGAAGACGGGCUUGGCGCAACAACAGUACUGGCUGCUCGAUAAAACAGACAGAAACCCUCAAAUGAGGGUUUCGGGACUCAACUGGGUUCUGGCCAACACAAACGUGUUGGGAUACUUCAGGGUCAACUACGAUAAUGACAAUUGGAAUCGCCUCAUCUCCGUGCUGGAAACGAACCACCUGGCCAUUCCCACCUUAAACCGAGCUCAGAUCAUCGAUGACGCCUUCAACCUGGCACGAGCCAAAAUGGUCGAUGUUACGCUGGCCCUAAGGACCACCAAGUACUUGUCUAAAGAGACGCAAUACAUCCCGUGGCAGUCGGCAGUGGGAAAUCUCAACUUCUACUACCUCAUGUUUGACCGUACUGAAGUCUAUGGACCCCUACAGGCGUACACCAAGAAGCUCAUCCAACCACUUUUUGAGCAUUUCAAGAGGGUUACAAAUAACUGGAAGACGGUACCUGAAGGAAUCACCGACCAAUACAAUCACAUCAACGCGGUGGGAGUGGCCUGCAUGGCGGGAGUACCGGCUUGCAGGGAACUCAUCAAAAGCUGGUUCAAACGAUGGAUGGACAACCCGGAACACAACCCGAUACAUGCCAACCUGAAAAGCACAGUGUACUGUCAAGGGGUCGCACUGGGCGGCGUGGAGGAGUGGGACUUUGUCUGGAAGAUGUUUAAGAACGCCACGCUGGCGUCCGAGGCUGCCAGACUCAGGGGGGCAUUGGCCUGCGCUAAAGUCCCUUGGCUCCUUAACAGGUAUCUGGAAUACACCUUGGAUCCGGAAAAGAUCCGUAAGCAGGACGCGAUCUCGGCCAUUGUGAGUGUGAGCUACAACGUGGUGGGCAUGCCUUUAGCCUGGAACUUCAUCAGAGCGCGAUGGAAACAGCUUUAUGAAUUAUAUGGAAAAGGAUCGUUUGCCUUCUCCAAGCUCAUCAGCGGAGUCACCACGCGCUUCUCUACAGAAUUUGAACUGCAGGAGCUGCGUCGAUUCAAGGAGGACAACAAAGCGGUGGGCUUCGGCUCGGCCACGCUGGCCCUGGAGCAAGCCAUGGAAAAGAUCUCUGCUCAGAUCAAAUGGGUGACGGAGAACAAAGGCCCAAUCCUCGGCUGGUUUUCUGGGGACGCCGUGUGA